CGACAUAUAAAACCCACCUCCAACGCAUGCAGAAACUCAAAGGUGCGGGUUCGGCCAUCUGUGCAUCCACUGCAUGGAGUAGAGCUUGCGAGCUCGGCGCUAGCGCUUCGUUUGCAUCGUCCGUGGUGAGCAGUGGGAACAGCGUCGACUUGUUGCGAAAGGAUCGGUUACAGGCCAUGGUUGUCGAGGCACAUCGCCAUGGAUUGAGCAGCACGUUCACAAGCUUAAAAGAAGCAGUCGCCGUCAAGGACAUCCGUGUUUGCCAUGGCGGGGUGACGUGGGAGCUCGAAGGCACGAUCAACGAAACGCUGCUAACAGACUUGUUCGAGCUGGACCGGAGGCUGCUGCGGCGACCGAGUGCACUGUGCCUCGUCACACCUGGCAAAGUCAUGGUUGUGGCCAAGCUGGACCGGAAAGUGUUGAUGUACGUCUGCCCUGGAAAGAUCAAAGUCGUACGAGAGAUGGACGAGCUGCUGCAAAAGGUGAUCGAGGAAACCGGCGACGGACACGACAUUACGUACACGUUGAGCGUGCUCUUUGCAAAGCCGGACGUGCCAUAUCCAGAGGACGACGACGCCCUCGAGUCGCAGCCACUUGCCGACGGGAAGAUGCCCCCUGCUUGUUCAAGCCGCAACCCAAAACUAGGAACCGAAUACGACAACCAACCCGCGCGAAUGGAUUCCACUGCACUGAGGACCUCUGUGUCGAGACAACACAACAACCAAAUGAUCGGCCAAUCCGACGACGAACUCAAGAGCAUAAGUGCCGACAUGUCGACAGGCGAUGCCAAGUUGAUCCUUCGUCCAGACGGAGAACCGUCGAACGUCCCCGAUGGAUGCCAGCACGACGACGACGACGACAGCGAGGCCCGUCAGCAAGUGAAGGUCACGCAUUUUUUACAACCAACCACCACGAGUACCGUGGUUGAAAAAACUGCAGCAGCACUCAGCCCCCCUCAACGUGACGAAUUACCUAUCGCGGAAGCCUAUCCAGACUUUAAACUGCCAUUGACCAGUGUGGAGUGUACUCGGUCGUCUGCGUUUGGAAAUCCGGACAAGCCAUCGUCGCCCACCAUGAAAGAUGACAACAAUAACACAAGUGGAUGUGCCGCCAGUGCCAGGGCUAGUAGCACGUCCGUGGCCAUGCAACUCGACAAUUCACGUUUGCAAACAACACCCCGCCAUUCAGGAGACACUCCCUGCAACAAUAACAUGUUGCCUUCCCCACGUUUACCCCCGCUUGCCCUACUGGACAAUGUCGUCGUCGAUCCGUCUCGUCACCACGACCACAACAACACGGACGAUUGUUACGCCACGGACAACAAUAACCCCUCGACCCAACGAACACCGGAAUUGGUGGAAACGGCCACCGCAACUACUUCCCCCGCCCGACCAUUUGUCGCUCGUCCUCCCGUUGUGACCAUUAUAAGUCACUCCAAAUCAACAGUACAUGAGGCCCCAACGACGUACAAAGCCAAGCUCGGCGAGGCUAUCUGGUGGAGACUCGAUGAUCAGGCGCGACGAGUCGGUUGUCGGGAAGCCCGGCCAACGCUACGAUUAAAACGGUCUAUGAGUGUGAUGGCCAAACAACUACCCCUCGCGAUGGUGCCACGGACAACAGCUUCUGGGGACGAGACGACGCCGCUGCCCCUGUCAAACAAGGCUAUGUACCAUCUAGACUCCCAGAAGGAGCCAGGGUUUGCAAUUGGCGCAACCUUGGCGGUGUCCCCAAGUACGGCUCCGGUGGACACAGAUGCCGCCAGCAGCAAACAAGAACCCUCUGAUAAACCAUCAUCAUUCACUAGGUUGCUGCUCGAAGAAACUCCAUCAUUGUCCCCCAAAUCGAGGCCACAAGCACGACAGCCAUCCAUUGCACAAGACUCUGUCGCGCCACGACACAGUUCGUACAGUCGAAUAUACCCACACGAUGUAACAUUGGACACUGAUGUCGUCGCGAGAACUUUAAUGCAAGGGAAGGUGUCUCCUUCCCAGAUCCCCAUGAUGCAACCCCCCCUUCCUUCGAUGGACGGCGACAGGCAGCGCCCCCUUGUAGCACCUCUCCAUGAAAAUUUAGCCCAACCAAGCACCAACUAUAUCGUCACUCCUUGCAUGAUGGACGACGACGAUGAUGUGGUGUCCGUGGCAAGUGGGACGUCGAAUGGUGAUGACGUUGGCGAUCCCCUUGACCAUCGACAUGCCACGUCAAGUGACGUUGUCUGUCCCCUGUCGUCUCCCGCAUCAACCGCCACGAUGUCCCAUCCGUUUGAGAAAAUGAACGUGAACAAGUCACGUGACGGUGUUUCGGACUGUCGCCAAGGGUCCCCACCACUCCCUGGCGAUAACGUCAUACUACUCGACCCACAAGACCUUGUUGACGUGGUGUCCACCCUGACGUGUUCACACGACACGUUCAAUGACGUUAUCCAAUCAACUCUAGAACUAUCCGACCCCAUCGACUUCGGCAUCGCGGGUACACUCGAUACGAAGGGCCAAUGUUCACCCACGUCACAUCAUAGCCUCGUCACAUUUGAUAACGUCAGCGACCACCAAACGCUUUCGGUCCGCAAAGAUCCGGCCCCUCUGCGCACCACUAACCUGAUCGUGUCACGUACUGGUCGCAAUGCCAUCGACCUCACAAAGUGUGAUGACUUUUUGCUUCCCCACCAUAUCGUCGACCUGGCACCAGCUGCGCCAUGUCGCGAGGUUGCCGUUUGUGUGGACCCGCGCGACAAACCUAGCAAACCGUACACCCCCGAUGUAUUGUCCGUGGGCACCUUGAACCCGCCCCCUUCUCGUUCAGCAGUGCAAGUCUACCAUCCUAUGGGGCUUUCCCUUCUACCCGCCCAGCCCAACGCUCAAGCCAAGCCGGAACAAUCGCCACCUCGAGGAAAUGCAUCGAAUGACGGGUCGAAACGACACAUGUCUGCUAAGUUGACUGUAAACGUGACCCCCGAGUCGCCAACUUUGGCAUACAUGCCAACGUUUAUGCGAGAGAACGCAUGGACCGCUUCGACGACUUCGCGGGUCCUCCAGCCUUGUGACGGACCCCCAAACGGUUGUCGGUCGUCAUCAUCAAUGGCUCCUCGGAGAAGCCAGCAGCCAUCCGUGGCCAAACCGCCCGCUGCCAUGGCCAUUUACUUGCGGUCGCAACAACAAGUCAUUGACGACGACAUUGGACACGAAUUUACGAGCGCUUCAACGCCACAACUUAGCCGAGAAACAUCGCCUGUUGCAACUGUCCAAACAAAACCAGCAUCGCAGGCCAAGUCCUCUAUCGAGCUCCACCCAACGCAAGACGAGAUAGGGAGCAAGCAGUGGGCUACAUCGGUCGUGUCUAAGGCGAUGACACUUCAACCACCCUCACCGCAGAGCCCCCCAUCGAUAAUCGUCGGUCGUCAUGCCGUCGUCGAUUCGCCACCACCGUCGCCCCCACCCAGCCCCCCUCGAAAACAACAAUCGAUGUUUGUGCAUGUGGUGGAUUCUCCAAAGGAUCGAGCAGCCAAGUUGAUGGAACUGCGUGAAAAGAAACUCAAACAGCUGCAAGAACGCAAGGAAUGGGGAAAACCCAAAGAAGGGGUUGUACCCGCUAUUACUACAACCAACGCAAAACCCAUGGUGGGGCAAUACUUGAAGCCCACGUCCAAUCGCCAGCUCAUUCAAAAUGCACUGGAGACGAAUCUGUUGGCCGGCACAGCCUGUGAAAGCGAACGUGUCCGAGUCGUGCAAGCGUUGGUGGACCACCAAGCAGCAGACAACUUCGUCGUGACGUUCAAAGGAAGCGUCCAAGAGAUGAAGAUGACGUUCAAAGGACUGUACGCGUUGGAGAAGGACUACGUGCACAAAAUCUAUGGCCAAGGCCCUGCGCACUUGCAGCCGACCAUGGUCAAGCAAUUCUUCCGCUACAACUCGGGAAAGAAGGCGUUCUUACCCGUGUCCACACGCUCGUUUACGAUCAAGACGGACGGCGCGGCGCUGAGUGAUGAGUGCUUCAAGAAGAAGAAGCUCGAUCUGUUCUAGACAGUCGAAGUCCGUACCAUGCCAUGACAUUUCACAAUUACCAAUAAACGCUUGCAAUGUAUUGCAAUGUACUCG